AUGAGAAAAGAAAAGAAGGAUCCAAUAAGGGAAUACGGACAAGUUCUCGCCAACCAGUUGUAUAUAAUAUCUGAGAUGUCUCUCAAACGGAUUAUUGAUGUUCCAACACUCGCUGAGCUGUUGAAAAAGAAUGUAAUAAACAAAGAAGGAGUCAGAUUACUUGACUGUUCCUAUGCCGUUGGGACGAAACCGGACUGGAAGAAGUUCAAGGCGGAUCUGUAUGGAAAUUUCAAGGAAAUUCUAGCACAACCAAGCUUAUCGAAAAAGAUGUAUCUUCUUGGACAUCUCCCUGAAGCUGCAUUUAUGUCUUUCGAUGCAGCAUUGUAUCCAUCCCAAUACGAGAGAUUUGCUCUUUAUCCUGCGGAACUUUUUGAAAAAUAUAUUCAGAUGAUUGGUGUCAAUCAAGGAGAACACAUCAUACUCUAUUCACGUGGCGCUAUAGGAGGAAUGAUGUUUAGUUCGAAAGCUGCAUGGCUUUUCAAGUCGUAUGGUCAUAGCCCGGACAAAAUAUCAAUACUGAACGGAGGUCUUGAACGUUGGGUGAGGUUAGGACAUGAACUUAGCAAAGAAGAAGUACUGCUACCGACUGGAAAUUGGAGAGCGAGUGAUCAGAUUGAGAAACAUAACAUCAAAUUCGAAGAACUGGAAAACAAGGAUGGUGAUAAGGCUUAUAUAGAGCGAACGGAGGAGGUCAACUUCUUGGACGCACGUGUUCGCCAACAGUUUGAGGGUACGGAAGAGACCGGACUGGAUGCCCAUAGAGUGAAAGGAAGCCACAUACCCGGCUUUAAGAAUGCACCAGCAGUUGAUCUGAUAAAUGAAAAUGGAGAGCUGAAAUCAUUCGAGGACAUUCGUGAAUGGUUCACACAGAAAGGUUAUAAGCCGAAUCAUCCUGUGGUGACAAUCUGCAAUACGGGUAUGCAGGCAUCCAUGCUAGCUCACAUCAUGGAAAUUGCUGUUCCAGAAACAUCUCCAAGAGUUUACAACGGCUCGAUGAAAGAGAUGGAAGCCCGCGACCCUAAGAGGAUUGUAGCUGGCAAAUCGCAAGUGCCUUAGAAAUGAUUGAAUGUCUGUUAGGAUAUAGUCAGCACUUCAUGCAUCGUCUGCUAUGCUCACACUGACUUUCUAUGUUGUUGACAUUGUUUUGAUGAGUAGAAAUGUCACAUCGAAAAUGUGAAUUGAAUGACGCAUAGUCUUUGUCAUUUUGAGUUGCAAGCAUUCAGAACAAUGCAUGAAAAGAUACUUUUUAGCUCAUUUUCAAUGAAAAAUGCGAGAAUUUCUUCUUGUAUCUAUGUGUCAGCUUAGAUAUAACGGGUGAAUUUAGAAUCACAG